AUGGGCAGAAUGUCAUCCCACCCUUUCGACCUUGCGCUCAGUGUUCUGCAAACCCUAUCAAUUUUCUACGAUCCCUCCUUCAAACCACAAGCCACCAAAUAUUCCCCCACGUUGAGUCGAGAUUCCCUCGUUCUAAACUUUGUCAACAAAAUGGCCAACCCCCGCGUUGAAGAGCUUCCCGAUGACGAGACCAAGAAGGUCACCGUCGAGGAGCACGAGGACGAGAGCUCCGACUCCGAGAUCGAGGGCGAGGAGGCUGAGGGCCUUCCCUCCGGCUCCACCGCUGUCAUCCACUCCCGCAACGAGAAGAAGGCUCGCAAGGCCCUCGAGAAGCUGCACCUGACGAGAGUGCAGGGCAUCACCCGCGUCACUCUCCGCCGCCCCAAGAACAUCCUCUUCGUCAUCAACAGCCCCGAGGUCUACAAGUCUCCUAACAGCAACACCUACAUCGUCUUCGGCGAGGCCAAGAUCGAGGACCUCAACGCCACUGCCCAGCAGGCUGCCGCCCAGCAGCUCGCCGCUGCCGGUGGUGAGCAUGACCACGCCGGCCACAGCCACGCUGAGCCCAGCAAGGCCGCCGAUGCCGAGACCAAGAAGGACGAGGAGGAGGACGACGGCGAGGAGGUCGACGCCGAGGGCAUUGAGGACAAGGACAUCGAGCUGGUCAUGACCCAGGCCAACGUCAGCCGGAAGAAGGCCAUCAAGGCCCUGAAGGAGAACGACAACGAUAUCGUCAACUCGAUUAUGGCACUGAGUAUUUAG